AUGGUAACGCAAAAACAGCUUAAUGAUGCUCUUGAAAGCGCUGAUAAAAUUGCCAAAGAAGAGCUGAAACAAGCUCUUAAUGUAAUUAAAACACUUACCGCCAGAAUUGACAAACUUACUAAUAGAAUUGAUCUGCAGGAUAUUGAAAUAAAGUCUUUAAAAGAUAGUAAAAGUAGUGAAAAACCUUUGUUAUCUAAAUUAGUUGAACAAGUCGGCAAGCCCGGUACAUUAGCAAACGUAGCUGUAGUGAGCGCCCUCAAUAAGCAUAACAAGGACGUGGCUAACAGAGGAAAGAGAAUUGUAGUGUUUGGUCUACUAGAAUCUGUUAAAACUCAACCAAGCGAGAUAACCAAAGAUGAUACCGCGAAUUCAAGAAGUAAACCCGCUCCUCUUAUGAUUGAAGUUGAUUCAGUAUUCAUCAGAAAUGACGUUCUAGCAUCGGCUAAACAACUGGCAUCGGCUAAGCAAGCUGUUGAUAGAAAAGUGUAUAGUUGUAUGUUAUUAGCAGGUGAUUUCAACUUUCCGGAUAUUAAAUGGCAUAAUGACGAAAGAAUUGAAUUACUAAGCUGUCAAAAUAGUGCUGCAAGUGUUUUUCUUGUAACUUUGGCUAAUCAUAAUCUAGAACAAUUAGUUGAUUUCUCAACCUUCGAAGCAUCUAAUGGAAAUGCAAAAAAUGUUUUGGAUUUAAUUAUUACAGACUCUUCAACUAGAGUAAUCAAUUUAUCUAGCUCUAUGCCGUUAGGUGAUUUGUCACAACGUCAUCGCAUAUUGAGUUGGGAUUAUGUCGUCCUCUCUAAAAAUAGGACAACUUUCUCAAACAAAAAAUAUUAUUUUAAUAAGGGUGACUAUAAAAACUUCGGUAAAAAGAUUAUGGAAACUAACUGGCAGCAAUUAUUUGAAAAUAAAAACACUAAUGAAUGCUAUGAACUUUUCUGCAAUAAAUAUGAUAAACUCAGCAAGCAAUUCAUCCCGUUAAAAAGAGUCCAUUCUACUCGUAAUGCACCGUUGAUGAAUAAGGAAGUAUUAGCUAUGAUAAAGAAAAAACAACAACUGGGCAAUUACUUAUCUAUGACAAACUGGGGAUCAUCGACCCUCAUUUGUGAAUAUAAGAAACUAAGAAGCCAAGUUCAGAAAGCAUGUACACAUCGUGUUCGAGUAUUUGAAGCCCAACUGGCAUCAGAUAAAAAUAAUCCAAAAAGAAUGCAUGUUUAUGCUAAAGCGCAACAGAACGUACAUGUAUCUAUUGGCGCUAUAUCAGAUGCAAAAGGUGAAACGUUAACAGAGGCAAUACAUAUCGCAAACAGACUUAACGUACACUUUAAAUCAGUUUUUGUUGAUGAUAGCAUAAAUGAUCAGUUACCGGUUUUUGAGAGAAGACAUAAUCAAGAAGACUUAGGCGAUGUAAUAAUAAGUUUUGAAGCAACGCUAGCCUAUUUGAAUGGUUUGAACCCGAACAAAUCUAUUGGUGUUGAUAAAAUUAGUCCAAAGGUACUUAAAGAAUGUGCAGCUCAAAUGACUUACCCUCUAACAUUAAUUUACAAUAAAGCACUGUCUGAAGGCUCAACACUUUUAGCCUGGAAGCAGUCACAUGUUACACCAUUGUUUAAAAAAGAGAGUCGUCUUGAUGCCGCUAAUUAUAGACCAGUGUCUAUCACUUCAGUUCCAUGUAAAGUAAUGGAAAAGAUUAUCAAGGAACAGAUAACUAAACAUCUUGAAAAAACGAGCUGCAUCUCAAAUAAUCAACAUGGAUUUAUGUCCAAAAAGGGAUGCACGUCUAACUUAUUGGAAAGUAUCGACUACAUUACAAAAGCGUUAAGCAAAAGAAAUUUUGUCGAUAUUGCAUUUUUGGACUUUGCAAAAGCGUUUGAUAAAGUUUCUCAUCGUAGACUAAUAUAUAAAUUGAAAGCAUAUGGGAUCAAUGGUAAUGUUGGCAAAUGGAUUGAGUCAUUUUUGAAGAGCAGAAAACAACGAACAGUUUUAGGUAAUCACUCUAGCGACUGGACCGAUGUUUUAAGCGGAGUUCCACAAGGGUCUGUCCAACAUUAUUUAUCAUCUACAUAA